AUGGAAGGUGGCCUCGUGCCCAGUUUGAUCACCUUCCUUACACUCUUUUCUGUCGCUCUUGCUAUCGAACCAACAGCAUACCGAACGCUUUUCUUCCUUCCUAUUGCCAGCCUUGCCAUAUACAUCGUUUUCUUCACUACCACUAGCAAUGCUUUGCUCGACAGUACGAUAAGCGGAUGGACCAUUACAGUCACCCUGUAUGCAUCCGAUUACCUGGUCCUAACGACAGACGUGCAACAAGAAUUGCAUAAAUGUGACCAGCAAGCGGGCCAAAUAUCGGAUAAACCCUUUCUGGCGCGCUUGCAGUGGGCUGCAGCCCUUUGUUUCAGCCCUCGAGGAGUCGGUUGGGCCCACCAGCCUGCAGGGGCGUUACCACCGCGUACCCACCAGUCGGCGCACCAGAUUUGGCUGAAAAUUGGGCUAUGCCUACUACUACUUGAUGCCGGCUGUGCGUUGAACGGGUCAAAUCCUGCAUUUGCUAACAGAGAGUCGAUCGCAAUGUAUGGGGUCAAAUGGCGUUUCUUCAGCCUAUUGGGCUUCGGAAUGGGGACUCUUUCGGUGUUGAAUAUCCAGCACUUUUUUCUGCUCCUUGUGACCGGUGAGAGGGAUACGCCAGCGUUAUUUGGGAGACUGGAAGAUGCAUAUACAGUUCAAAGAUUUUGGGGGAAGACCUGGCAUCAGUGCCUACGAAAGUUUUUACUAUCGCAUGGGCACUUCGUAGCAUAUCGUGUGCUUCGUCUGAGACACGGAAGCUACGAAGCCUUUGCCGUCCAGGUUCAUAGUGCCUUCCUUAUAUCUGGCUUGCUGCAUCAACUUCAAGAGUAUUCGGUUACUCGGCAAUGGGCCCACGGUAGCAUGCUUUUCUUCUAUUCCCAAGUUGGUGCAAUAUCAUUAGAACAAAGGGUAAUCGUAGUGGGAAAAAAGUUGAACUUUCCCGCCAUCUUGGGCCGGGGCGUGGGCUACUGUUGGGUAUUGGGUUGGUUUACAUUUAUACUGCCUUUCUGGCUGGAUCCCAUGACGCGAACAGGCAUGUUUGUGGUCAACCCAAACAAGACAGUAACGUUCUUAGUAUGGAGCCUGCUGACAGGUUAA